CUUCAAAGCAAACAAGCUUUACAACUUGUCUUUCUCUUUUUUUAACUUAAUCACAUCUCUCUCUACCCAAAAAGUUUUUCUCAAGAAACAAAUGAAGAGACUCCAUCCAUCAAGAUCGAUCUCAGUAGCUCUGUUUCUUGUUUUGUUAGCUUUCUUUAGUAGCAAGUUUCACACAGAGGGACUCAGAGAUUUGCAGAUAAGUAAAGAAAUGAAGGAGAAGUCUCUUGGAGGUAGCUUACGAAAAAUCCCAAGGAGUCGUUACAGCCCAAUACAGAACAAGAGAGGUCCAAGUAGGAAACAUCAGAUCACAUCAAGAGAACCAUAGAUUCAUCACUAAUUUUUGUUUUUUACUUAGAUCUUGUGCUACCUUUUUUUUUGGGUUGUAGAAUAGUAUUGCCUACACUUGUUUGUGAAUGCUGCAAUGUAGAGUUUGAUACUGUUACUGUUCUAUAAGUUAUGUCUUACUUUGACAGUGUUCUAUUGAGUCCAAGGCUCAUUUUUUAGACCUCUAAGGAGUGUUUAUUGGAUUUUGUAGAUUUGUAAACCAUCUUUCAAGUUCAUUUAGAAUUACUUGCUUCUAAGUUCACAUGAAUAUAUAAGCUGUGAUAUGAUGUAUUGAUGUAUCUCUUUUUUUUAUUAAUUCUUGACUGAGCACUCUUCCAGAACUAGCUUGUUGCCUGCUUGUAAGAGUAGAUCUAGUUAGGAAGGGCUUCAACUAUAUGCAUUGGUCUUGUUCUUGCUUUGUCACCUCUCGUUAUACGUCUUUGUUCUUCCCAAAUUUACCAUUGUAGAGCAAGUGCAAUUAGCUGAUGGGGCUUCACAUGGACAUAUAACAUCAAAGAUUUGAAUAGUAAUCCACUGGUUCUCUCCUUCAUAUUCAAAAGCAGGCAAUCCAAAAUCAGCUAAUUAAAGGAUCGAGAUUUCCUCUACGCGUCGGCUCAUAACAAACAAAGGAUGAUGAAAAAGAAGGCGGCGCCUGAGUACGUGUCAUCUGCAACGAAGGUGUUUUAGGACAUCAACAGGUGUCCCAUACCCGAUGGUUAUGAUGCUUGUCAGAUCGGUCCGAGAAUAGACAUGAUGUUGAUGAGUUUAGGCUACUCUGGUCCUCUCACCAUCACUGCCAUUGGCGACCUCAGAGCUAUUCCUCAUGAGAUCCUUCGAGCGCUCUCUUCCACUGGAAUCCUUGUUAGAGAAGUCCGUUGCGGUUAGACUCUAAUCCUGAUCCUCUGCAUAGUAGAAGAAUACUAGAGCGCAGUGAAGACUUGUUUGUUUGCAAAACAUGCAGACACAAAUUUGCUUGCCAAAGCUUUGAAGAGUUCAGUGCCCAUCUCGAGUCUAAAGACCAUAAAGUGAACAUGUAUCUGGUUCCAAGUGAGAUGAGAUUAUCCGAAAAAGCUAAAAGGAUGGAGCAGCAUAUUUCAAACAAAAGGAAGAUUGUUGAAGCCAUUACCGCAGCAGCCUGAUGAUUGAAUAAGUUGAUGAAGAGAAUGGACCAAGACAUGAACAAGAAGAUAGUUUUAGCCUUUGUUGUUGUGUUCUACUCUUAAGACAUUAAUUUUCUUAUGAUUUAAUGGUUGGUGCAAAUUAACACUA